UUCAUGACUGAAAAGUAUGGGCUUUUCCCCACACGACACCUCAUUUAUUUUGGAACUUUUCUAUGCCCAUAACAAACCAACCGGUUGACAUCAACCCAUUUUCCAUCUUCCAUUCUUGCACAUCUCAUCUUCAGCUCAUCUCCCUCUCUAAACUCCUUUUUUUCUUGCCUUUCCUUUUGUGGAAAACCAUUUUUUUUCUCUCUCUCUGGAAUUGGUUGUCUUCUUUACUUUCUUGCUGCUUGUUGGGUUUUGGUAAGAGGGUUUUUUUUCAUUGGGCAUCUGGCUUGGAGUUGUGCAUGAAAGCAUGGGGAAGUUGGUGUUGUUGUUUGUUUGAAUUCAGUGUUGGAGUUGUUGUUGUUGUUGCUGCUGCUGUUCUGUAGGUGGGUAUUGGGAGAUAUGGAGGUUGAGUAUCAAGAGGAGUAUAUAAGGAACUCCAGAGGAGUCCAGCUCUUUACUUGCAGAUGGUUGCCCUUUUCUCCUCCAAAGGCCCUUGUUUUCCUCUGCCAUGGGUAUGGCAUGGAGUGCAGCAGUUUCAUGAGAGGAUGUGGGACCAGACUAGCAAGUGCUGGAUAUGCUGUGAUUGGAAUUGAUUAUGAAGGACAUGGACGGUCCAGAGGUGCUCGAUGUUAUAUCAAGAAGUUUAACAACAUUGUCAGUGACUGUAACGACUUCUUCAAAUCUGUUUGUGUGCAGGAAGAGUAUAGGGAUAAGAACAGGUUCUUGUAUGGAGAGUCCAUGGGUGGAGCAGUGGCCCUACUACUUCAUAAAAAGGACCCCAAUUUCUGGAAUGGCGCAGUUCUGGUUGCACCCAUGUGUAAGAUAUCGGAGAAGGUGAAGCCACAUCCUGUAGUUGUGAAUAUAUUAACAAAAGUGGAAGAGAUAAUACCAAAGUGGAAGAUAGUGCCCACAAAGGAUGUAAUAGAUUCUGCAUUCAAGGACCCUGUUAAGAGAGAAGAGAUAAGAAACAAUAAGUUGAUAUACCAAGACAAGCCGAGGCUGAAGACAGCGCUGGAAAUGCUCAGAACCAGCAUGAGCCUCGAGGACUCAUUACAUGAGGUUACAUUGCCAUUCUUUGUGCUGCAUGGUGAGGCAGAUACGGUGACUGACCCAGACGUGAGCCGGGCACUGUAUGGACAAGCCAGUAGCAGAGACAAGACCAUGAAAUUGUAUCCUGGGAUGUGGCAUGGUUUGACAUCAGGAGAGCCUGAUGAGAACAUUGAGAUGGUGUUUUCCGACAUCAUAACUUGGCUGGACAAGCGCAGCACAGGCGACAGUGCCGCCCUUACCUUUCAACCACUUCACUACACUGACCCUGUGAUCAAAACAUCCACCACCAGCACAUCAACGGAGAUGGUAAACAGAGAAAAGUUGCAGCGAACACGAUCACCUGGAUGCUAUCUUUGCGGGUUUAACGGACGUCGAACACUCCAUCAUUCAGCAAUGUAGCACACUCCGGUCACCUGAGGGUGUCUAUGGCUUUGUCUCUUCAUUUUCCUUGUAAAUGUGAAUUAAAGUAUAUGAAAUAUACUGGGAAAGUGGAAUAAGACGUGGGUUUCUUUUCUUGCAUAGCUA